AUGCUACAUUCGUUUAACCCCGAACCACUGGAAUUUUAUCGAUACCUGAAUCGUAAAACGAAGAUCGCUGCCACUCGCGCAUAUACUAGUGCAAUUUCAUCUGUUUUAACAUUAUCGGAACGUAUUCCCAAAGAGAGAAUGAUAUUAUUUCGGGAAAUUCAGGAGAAAUGGAAGAAUGGAGUUUUUGAUAAAGACUGGAACGUGUAUCUCGCGGAAAAGACCGCGUCGAUGUCUGUAAUGGCAUGCUAUAAUGUUCAAAGAAGUUAUAAUCGUGAUGUUUUUUCUCACUCCACAAAACGCAAGCGAGAUUAUCCAUCGACACCUAAUAAACCGAUUAUCCGACCGGAGAUGAAAAAAAUGUACCCUCAAGUUUCUUUUACAAAAAAAGUCAAGGUUGUUGCUUUCGGAGAUAAGGAUUCAGGAGGGUCAGAAAAGGAUGAUCAAAAAACCAAGGUUACUUUAGGAGAUGGGUUGGAAACUUUAGAGGAAGAUGAUCAGAAUGAUCAAAGAGCUGAUGUUACUUUCGAAGAUGAAUUAGAAGUUUCAGAGAAGCAUGAUCCGAAUGAUCAAAACCCUUUCAUAGCUCUAAAUUGGCGUGAGUGGUUGGAAACGAUUCUGAAAUUUUCGAUUGAAGAAGUCCGAAUUAAGAUUUUGACAUAUCAAUAUACACCUGCAAAUGAAUUUGAAGAAACAAUGAUCAAGUAUAUCGGAAAAGUACUUAUGGACUUUGUAAACAAAAUAAUUGAUAUUCCCGGUCACGUAAUGACCAUUGAUGAAAUUGAAAGAGAUUGGAUCGUUAAUAAAAUUUCACCGCUCUUCACUUACAUGCAAGCAACAUUUAUAAACAGUAUUAAAUUUCACUGGAUCGAACAUGAUGUUGAACCAACACAUGAACGACUUAGAUUCGAAGGCAAUACCACAAACAAAGAUCGAAUGAAGGCAGAUAUAAUUGGAGUCCGACUUUCGGAUAGCCGGCAGGUUGUAUUUUUGGAAAUGAGUGGUGCUCCAACAGACUUCUUAAAGGCACAUCCAGUUGGAGAUACAUGUAAGACUAUACAAGAGCGAAUUGAUUCCUUAAACUCGAUGCUUCUAAACUAUUUGGACUAUGAUAUAAGAUUCGCAGAAAAAAUUCAUUCGCUGACGAUUCAAGGAAUAAGAGAUCGACUAACGCUUAGAACAUUGUCUUUAAGAGGGAAAGAGGAUUAUAAGGAUGAAGAAGAAAUCUCAGCGGUUUUUCCAAUUUGUUGGAACUUUCGUUUCCAAUUCAUUGAAAUAUUUGAAUUAAUGGAGUUUGUAAUCAUAUCCGUCUUAGAGUAUCCCGAUAUCAUAAAAGAAUUAAGUAAGCAUCCAGCAGCUUCAUCUGAAUUUGCAAUCCGAAACUGUAUCUCAUAUCACCAGUCGUAA